AUGGCACGCGUUUUUUUCCAAAUAUGGCUUGCUGCCGCGAGUCUCGUUGCUGGCCAAAGCACGACAUGCCCAAAUGGGGUUGCCAUAUACAACCAACAAGAUCGCACCAUGAGUACGAUCAGCAGUUGGUUUCUCGUUCCUGUACCAAAGGAUGCUGUGAAGAAAGCCCUGAAGGAGUCGUUUCCAAGUCUGGUUAACCUACAAGGACUGAACCUGUUACCUCUUCCGGCUGGGCUAAACUUCCCCGAUGGCAUGCACCCCGUUAUUGUCAACGCCGGAGCAAACACCGACAUCCGCCAGGGUGGUCUCCAGCUUGCCACAGGGCUGAUGACUGCGAGCUCCAUGAUCCCAUAUAUUGGUAUCGGCAGCUCCAAGACGCCACUCAAUGCGCCACUUGUGUCGUACCUUGCAGGUGUGGACGAGGUGACGCAGGGCUUCGUGUUCGGUCUCGUACCUUCUCUAGUUGCAACAAUAGGUGGACUUCUUACCAGAAUCGGCGCUUUCCUCCCGCUUAACGCACCACUCCAGAUAUACAGUGACGGCACUGUCGGCAUCAACUCGAAGUGGGCACAAGCACCCAACCCUAUCAGCGGUCCAGGCUUGUACUCCGAGGCCAUCGAUUUCAAGUUUGUCAGCGAACCCAACCAAGCAUCACCCAGAUACCCUCUCAAGAUGUGGAAGAGUAUGCUCAACCAACCUCUCAUGCUUGGUAGCAUUGGCAGCCUCCUUGCACCCAAGUGCCAGCGCAAUACCCAAUUUUUCAACAAUAGCACCGCACAACCUACUUUCCGGUCUGGCAAUGUAACUCUUGGUCCUUCGGCGGGAGUUGAUGUACUCUCUGCUACCCUACAAAAGGCCAGUCCGGACGGUUCUGGCUUCUACCAGAAAGUUUAUGGCUUCACUGCGUGUGCGCAGACCGUAGGCUAUGGCGCUGUUGUUCCGCUAGGAGAGGACUGUGAGGCGGCUGCCCGGGCUGUUAAGAACACUCCUGGAGCCUUGUAG